GUAGGAUGCCAGACGGGGAUAGCCGCUUGACGCUGUGAAUCAAGUCAGGCAGAUGGAGGAUGGAGUCGACAAUGGCCUACAGGCGCCGAAGCGAAAGAGAACCUCCUUGGCUUGCAGGUGAGGUGUGGACACGGGCAGAGAGGAGACCAAAAGCUGAUUUCACAAGCCGUUGUCGGAGGCAGAAGUUGAGAUGCAGUGGCACAAAGCCUUCCUGCACAGCUUGUGUGCAGCGCGCAGCGACAUGCGAUUAUCAAGACCCACGGCUCAACCGAGUCAAGUUUGUGAUGCAAAAGCCCUGCAAGGAUGCUGAUCCGAAGCGCAAUGACGGUCCUGUCGACGGAAAUGCGCCUGCUACGUCGCUGGCUAAGGAGGUCAAUACCAUUGUUGUCCCUGACAAGAUCGUCGAAACUCGAUCAAUCAGAAUUCCCUUCUUUCGCUGGUUUGGUCCAACAGGCAUCGCUCCCGGGUACAAGAAGAUGUUGUUCGAUGUUAGGCAUCCAUCUCAGCAAGAUGCAGAGGACCCUGAAGCUCUUCCACCAGCCGAGGACGAGAGUAAAGUCCACACGAGCAUACGAGAAUCGGCAGCUGCGUCCGUCUUCGAGACUGACGGCAUCACUCCCGCUCCUCGAGUGCUGGGUCCUUUGUUGGACACCUUUUUCGAUCACUACGGCUGCCACUUCCCAUUCUACCGUCGCGAUGCUUUCACUGUACUGGUCAAAGAUCGAAAGGUAUCGGCUCUGGUCCUGAACAGCAUCUGUGGCCUUUCAGCCCGCUUCAGCCCUUUGCCAGAAUUUCAGGACUACCCCCUUUACCUGAGAGGCGACAUCUUCGCGCAAAAAGCCAAGGUGCUUCUUGUACCCUUGCUCAACCUCCCCAGCUAUGACGUUGUAGCUAGCAUCUUGAUGCUAGUAUGGCUGGAGCUAGCGAGCAACCACGACGUAGGGGUCUGGAUGUAUAUGGGAAUGGCUUGUCGUAUGGCCAUGGACCUCGGUAUGCACAAAGCCGCAAUUUCUGGUCCUGAUAAACUUGCCCCUGAGGAGUACUGGACUGUUUCGAGAACUUGGUUCAGCGUGCAUCACCUCGACCAUAUCAUUUCCUUUGCAACCGGACGCCCCUUGAGCAUUGAGCGCAAGUAUAUCGACGUGCCAUGGCCCCGCAUUGAUGCCAAUGCAGCACUUCCAUCACCCUUUCCCAGUAUGGUUGUCAUCAUGCAGACUUUGGGUUUGCUUCACGACGAGCUUAAUAACAUCAACCAACUUGCGGAACUGGCCGACAGCACCAGAGAGAAGCUUCUCCGUUACAACGACGAACUCAUCAACUACUACGCUCACUUGCCACCGGCGCUGUCAUUUGACAUCCACAACUUCCAGUCGUACGUGGCUACGGGUGAGGGCGGCACAUAUCUGAUGCUUCAUUUGUGGUUUCAUGCGAUAGUGAUAGGGCUUCAUCGGCCAGGGCUACGGUACGGACAAGAAGCCCGAGCUAAGAGUAUUUGCCUCACGCUAGAAAGUCGAGGGAUUGCUCUCUCGUCUGCGAGAACGAUCACUUCGAUUCUCAACCUGGUCGAGGUCGUUGACACCAGGACUCUGGUCUCCAGUCCAUUUAUUGACCAAGCAGUCGAAGUGGCGGGCUUGGUCUUUAUUGCCGAAUCAUCAUCCACAUCGAACCCGCUCAAAAGAAUCACGAGCCGGUCGAACUAUGAUGUAUGUCUCAGAACGCUGCAGAGACUUAUUACAUACUGGAAAGGAGUCAGCUGGGUUACUACAACCAUGGAGCAGCAAGCUGAAGGCAUAAGAGAAACCGACCCAGCGGAAGGCAGCGUGGAUCCGCACAGUCUCAUAGAAUUACAGGACACCAAAAUGAUUCAGAAGCUGUUUGAGAAGAUGCGACAGUCCAUGCCCAGACGAACAAUCACCAAAGCUCAAGAAUCUAUCGGAGUCGGCUUCAGUGGCCUAACGAACGACUCCAGCCAAGGUAAUGUUAUGAUUCUGCAGCCAAACAGCCCAAGCAUUGGCGAUCAGAUGAAUUACACUGGCGGGCCCCAUUCAGCUCCGAUCGGGGCUCGUAAGUACGCCUUCUCAGAACAACAUUUCACCUCGGAGUCUGCACUCAUAGGUGGCGAAUCUUGGCACUCCUGGAUCGACGACAGAUUCUUGGAAGACCUCGAUCUGACGUUUGAGACACUGCCGGCCCAGAUGGCGAAUUCCCCGAAUUCAUAAGGUGUGAGCACCGCUAUACCAUGUUUUUUGGUCGAUCGACCGGUCAAGUCAGAACUGGUUCUGCCCUCGUUGUCGAGAAUACUUCUGGUCGGAUGAUUAAGCGGCAGGCACUAUGCAAAGGUACCAGGAGGCACCUUGCAGACUGCGAACCCUCCGAACUGAAGGACACCUGUACUGAUGUAAAGGUCGAGAUAUGGGUCGCCCGCCGCCGCCGUUUGGAAGCUGAUUACCGAACCAUCGUUGAAAUAAGCAAGCUCCGGAGCAUAACCCUUCGCCUGUCUGAGGCGAAGCGCCGCGGCCGGUACCAACAAAUCUUUACCGAGCGACUUCACGUUUGCAAGAUACUUUGGCAGAUCUUCCAACGUGGGGAACACUACAUUCUGUUAGGCAAGUGCAACUACUGUGCGAUAGUUCCCUACCUGAAACGAGCAGAUCUCCCGUCGUAGGCAAGAUAUUGAUAUUGUCUGCUGCGGCGCCCAGAUCCUGCCAUAUAGAUCAGCAGAAUACCUUGGCGUUUGAAGAGUUGUUUUCUGCUUACCACCAUUUGGAGCUGGGUCACGGAUUUGUCUUUGUCUAUCUCGAAUAUCGUUACGGUCCCAUUCUUGGAGUCUCCCACAAAUAAUCGAUCCUUCCACAGGUUGAGACCAUUUGCACCCGGGAAGGUGUCUGUCACUUGUCUGCAC